UGUCGUGGUGUUGAAAUCUUCAGAUUCGUUUUCAUUUUACUGCUUAUGCAUCUGCUGGGAAUCACCAAUUUUUGUUAAAAUGACGGACAAUUACGAUUUCCUCUUCAAAUUUUUGGUCAUUGGCAGUGCUGGGACUGGAAAGUCAUGUUUGCUAUAUCAAUUUAUUGAAAACAAGUUUAAAAAGGAUUCUACUCACACGAUUGGGGUUGAGUUUGGCAGUAAAUUUGUAAACAUCGGUGGUCAAAAGGUCAAAUUGCAAAUUUGGGACACAGCAGGCCAGGAAAGAUUCAGAUCAGUGACAAGAAGUUAUUACAGAGGAGCGGCUGGAGCAUUGCUGGUUUACGACAUUUCAAGUCGUGAGACAUACAAUGCACUUGCCAAGUGGUUGUCAGAUGCGAGGACACUGGCUAGUUCGAACAUUGUUGUCGUCCUAGUUGGCAACAAGAAGGAUCUGGAAUCGGAGAGAGAGGUCACAUUCCUCGAGGCAAGCAGAUUUGCUCAGGACAACGAUUUAUUGUUUUUGGAGACAAGUGCGCUGACGGGAGAAAAUGUUGAAGAAACAUUUCUGAAGUGUGCCAGAAUCAUUCUAUCAAAAAUUGAAACAGGUGAACUUGAUCCGGAAAGAAUGGGAUCGGGCAUACAGUACGGAUCUCAACGACCAAGAAGUCUCUCAACUAAUAAUCGAAUCAAUUCCUCUUGCAAUUGUUGAAUGCGUUGAAUAAAUAAGUUUUUCGUUCAAUGCUUUUUGAAUAUCAUUUCAACUUUGUAAGACAUACUUUAUUUCAAAGUUUGAUUGUAAAUUAUUUGGUGUAUGGUGUAAUUAUUUUUUGUACCUAUCUUUGUAUAUCUGCUACAAAUAUUGAAGUGCUCUA